AUGACCACAGAAAGCAGCACACCAACCGCAACCGUGUCCAGUGAGACACCUGGACCCAGCUCCACGGCGACCGCACAAAGCAGCACAGCGGGCGUCACCACGUCCAGUGAGACAUCUACACCCAGCUCCACAAUGACCACAGAAAGCAGCACACCAACCGCAACCGUGUCCAGUGAGACACCUGGACCCAGCUCCACGGCGACCGCACAAAGCAGCACAGCGGGCGUCACCACGUCCAGUGAGACAUCUACACCCAGCUCCACAAUGACCACAGAAAGUGGUUCAAACCGGCCUGUGAUUCGAACACCUGCUUGGAUUUCGCUACUCAUCAGCGGCACGGCAAGUUCUGUAUUCCGGUGGAAACAAAUUAGUUCAUUAUUGACAAACAAUUCGUUGGCAAAAGGGUUCAUCAAGAAGGUGUUCAUGGAAUAUGCGCAAAAACAAGAUUGGCCUUCGUACUUCACUGAUCCCAACCAAAACUCACGAACAAUCGCUAUUGUCGCUACUGAGGAAAUAAUCGGCGAUGGUUUUGCCAACUCAGUUUGA